AUGAAGAAUUGUUCACCUAGUGUUUCCCCUAUAGUGAAGGGUGAUGGGUUCAAUCUAGACCAAUGCCUGAAAAACGGUCUUGAGAUGGAACAAAUGAAGAACAUUCCAUAUGCUUCUACAGUCGGAAGUCUGAUGUAUCAGGUCUGCACAAGGCCCGACAUUGCAUUUGUUGUUGGAAUGCUAAGACGAUAUCAGAGUAACCCAGGUAAGGACCAUUGGAAAGCUGCAAAGAAAGUGAUGAGAUAUCUUCAAGGAACCAAAUAUUACAAGCUUAUGUACAAACGGACAAACAAUUUAGAGGUUGUUGGCUACUCAGAUUCAGACUUUGCUGGCUGUGUUGAUUCACGUAAAUCAACAUCUGGAUACAUUUUUAUAUUGGCCGGUGGAGCUAUAUCUUGGAAGAGCAUUAAGUAG